AUGCAUUGGUCAACAUUGUUUCUAUUCGCGCCCUUGGUGGCAUGGGCUAGUCCUAUUGGUACCGAUAGCCCACAUGGACUUUCAAGCCGUCAAGCUUCAACAAGCAUCGACCAGCUCUUCAAAAACAAGGGUAAGCUGUACAUCGGAGUCGCUACCGACAAGGGGCUCUUGACAUCUGGGAAGAGUGCAGCAAUCAUUCAGAAGGACUUUGGCCAAGUGACACCAGAAAACUCAAUGAAGUGGGAUGCUCUUGAGCCGAGUCGGGGCCAAUUCAACUUCGCCGGCGCAGACUAUCUGCAAAACUGGGCCCAAACUAAUGGCAAAUCGAUUCGGGGACACACGCUCGUUUGGCACUCUCAGCUCCCUCAGUGGGUUAAAGACAUCAAGGACAAGACAACGCUCCAAAGUGUCAUCGAGAACCAUGUCAAGACUAUUGUUGGUCGGUACAAGGGCAAGAUACGGGCAUGGGAUGUGGUCAAUGAGAUCUUCAAUGAGGACGGCACCCUUCGCAAGUCCGUGUUCACGGACGUGCUGGGCGAAGACUUUGUUGGCAUCGCGUUCCGUGCGGCAAGAGCUGCUGACCCCAACUGCAAGCUCUACAUCAAUGAUUAUAAUCUCGACAAAGCGAAUUACGGCAAAGUGAACGGCAUGGUCAAGAAGGUCAAUCAGUGGAUCAGCCAAGGCAUCCCAAUUGAUGGAAUUGGUUCUCAGACACAUCUGAGCCAGGGAAUGGCAGGAAACAUUCAGGGUGCCCUCCAACAGCUUGCCGGAUCGAGCGUCUCGGAGGUUGCGAUCACAGAACUGGACAUUGCAGGCGCACCCAGCGCCGACUAUGCGACGGUUGUCGGCGCAUGCCUGAACAUUGCAAAGUGCAAAGGGAUCACUGUCUGGGGAGUCAGCGACAAGGACUCCUGGAGGAAGAGUGAAAGUCCCCUUCUCUUCGAUCAAUCUUUCAACGUCAAGAGCGCUUACAAUGCAAUUGUCAGCAAAUUGAAGUAA